AGGGCAGAGGCAGACGGACUAGAAACAGGCUGGCUGGAAGCCAGAAAUCUGGAGGCACAGAUGGGGGAGCAGGUGCCCCCUACUAGCAACAUGGUUUCCAGACUGAGGGAAAUCAGCAGAUCUGAGACUCUUUAUUAUCCUUAGUAGCACCUGAUUGGCUUUCCAACAUCACCUGACUUCCCAGGCCCAGAGAAUUAUGGGCUGCCAUUUUGAACGCCUGGAAUGGCCUAUAGUUCUGUCCUUGGACAAGCAGAGCACAGAAAGUUGGGGUGGUGCCUGGUCCACAGGCCUCUCAGUAUGAACCCCCUUAGUAUGAGCCCCAUGGUGUCUGACAGAUACCAAACAUCUUUUCCUUCUCUAUUACUCCUCACAGAGCUGUAGACAGAAGUGGAGCGGGAAAUCGCCAUUCUGAAGCUGAUAGAACACCCCCAUGUGCUCAAACUCCAUGAUGUCUACGAGAACAAAAAAUAUUUAGCCUUCAGUGUACAUGAUGCCUUAAGGAGUCACACAGAUACCUGGUCUUGGAACACGUCUCAGGAGGAGAACUCUUUGAUUACCUGGUGAAGAAGGGACGUCUCACGCCCAAGGAAGCAAGGAAGUUUUUCCGGCAAAUUGUCUCUGCUUUGGAUUUCUGCCACAGCUAUUCUAUAUGCCACCGAGACUUGAAGCCGGAGAAUUUACUGCUGGAUGAGAAGAACAACAUCCGGAUUGCGGAUUUUGGCAUGGCCUCCCUGCAGGUCGGAGAUAGCCUGCUAGAAACAAGUUGUGGUUCUCCUCACUAUGCAUGUCCUGAGGUGAUCAAGGGGGAGAAAUAUGAUGGACGUCGUGCUGACAUGUGGAGUUGUGGAGUCAUCCUCUUCGCCCUGCUGGUGGGGGCGCUACCCUUUGAUGACGACAACCUGCGGCAGCUGUUGGAAAAGGUGAAACGUGGGAUCUUCCACAUGCCCCACUUCAUCCCGCCUGACUGCCAGAACCUCCUGCGGGGCAUGAUUGAGGUGGAGCCUGAGAAGCGCCUCAGUCUGGAACAGAUUCAGAAACACCCAUGGUUCCUGGGAGGUAAGAACGAACCAGAGCCAGAGCAGCCAAUUCCUCGGAAAGUGGCUAUCCGGCGAAUCCAAUCCGUCAGUGAGCUGGAUCCAGAUGUGCUGGAGAGCAUGCACUCACUGGGCUGCUUCCGCGACAAGAACAAGCUGAAGCAGGAGCUGCAGACAGAGGGGGAGAACCAGGAGAAAAUGAUCUACUACCUGCUGCUUGACCGCAAGGAGAGAUAUCCCAGCUGUGAGGAUGAAGAUCUGCCUCCACGCAAUGACGUUGAUCCCCCUCGGAAGCGGGUUGACUCGCCCAUGCUGAACCGACAUGGGAAGCGCCGACCUGAGCGGAAGUCCAUGGAAGUUCUGAGCGUUACAGAUGGCGGUUCCCCAGUCCCAGCCCGACGGGCCAUAGAGAUGGCACAACAUAGCCAGAGGUCUCGAUCUGUGAGUGGUGCCUCCACUGGCUUAUCCUCUAGCCCCCUCAGUAGCCCAAGGAGCCCCAUCUUCAGCUUUUCCCUCCCAUCACCUCCCCCUGCCCCUGUGAAGACCCAGACGCUCCCAGCCAAGGGCAGCCCAGCAGGGGAGCGGGCCCUGCAGAGCCGAUGCUCUGCCCCUUUCCCCUUGCCCCCCAGCUCUCCGCCCCCUCACCCGCCCUCCUCUCCCCAUUGCUUUUUCCCCUCUACUAAACCCCCACCCAAAUCUGUGCUGCAGGUCACCCCCCACCCCUCCCCUCGGGGAAGCCCCCUCCCCACUCCGCUCGGCACCCCCGUGCACACGCCCAAAGAGAGCCCCACUGGCACUCCCGGUGGGACGCCGCCGAGCAGCCCUGGCGUGGCCGGUGUGGCGUGGAAAACCCGCCUGAACUCCAUCAAGAACAGCUUCCUUGGCUCCCCGCGCUUCCACCGCCGGAAACUGCAAGUUCCUACACCAGAGGAAAUGUCCAGUCUCACUCCAGAGUCAUCCCCUGAGCUAGCCAAGAAAUCCUGGUUUGGGAAUUUUAUCAAUCUAGACAAAGAGGAGCAAAUUUUUGUGGUCAUCAAAGACAAACCCCUGAGCUCCAUCAAGGCUGAUAUUGUACAUGCCUUCCUCUCGAUCCCCAGCCUGAGUCAUAGCGUGGUGUCCCAAACAAGCUUCCGGGCCGAAUACAAGUCGUCUGGCGGCCCCUCCGUCUUCCAGAAACCUGUCAAGUUCCAAGUCGACAUCAGCUACUCUGAGGGUGGGGAGUCACCCAAGGACAGCGGGAUCUACUCGGUUACCUUCACCCUCAUCUCAGGUCCCAGCCGCCGGUUUAAGCGGGUCGUGGAAACAAUUCAGGCGCAACUGCUCAGCACACAUGACCAGCCUUCCGUGCAAGCCCUAGCAGGAACUGAGGAGAAAGGUGCUCUCCUGCCGAAAAUAACAGAUGCGCCGCGCGCGCGAUUCGGCGGAGCCGAAGAGCGCCUCUUGGAGCUUGAUAAUCUUCCGCCGGGGCUACUGCGCAGGCGCAGAACCCAGGUUGUGAGUGAACAUGCAUCACCAGAAAGAUCACCUGUUACAGAUGAGAAGAACGGGCAGCAGCAGCCCCGUUUGCCAGGCACUCCGACUCGCAGCUGCCAACCAUCGCGGCGCUCCGAAUCCGACGUCUCAUCGGAACACCAUCGACGUGGCUCCAAGGACAAGAAGCUAGUCUCCUCCAAUGGGACUCAAGUCCAGCAACCGCCACCCCCGUCCCCACAGCAGCCAUGACAUCUGGGGCAGGGGGGGCUGCACAGGGGCGGAACAGGGGAAGAGCGGAGAAGGAAGCCAUCUCCACGCCCCUGGGAGGAGCUAGAGCCGCCCCAUAUGGACAGAAGGAGCCAACGAACCAGGCGGAUGGGUAAAGGCCCCACCAGAGACGCAACGGGGUGGGGAGGGAGAUUGGUUUAAAUGUAACAACCUCGCCUCACCCCGGGGUGGAAAGUCGCCAUCUUGGGAGCGGCCCAUACUGUGAACUUGUAAAUAGUUAACAAAAACAGAAAACAAAAAUCCACAAAAGAACAGAACGGGGGGAAAGAAAAAAGAAAAUAGAAUGGCAAAAAAAGAGAGAGAUGGUGGACUGAAAAAAGAAAAAAACUGGAGGAGGAGGAGGAGGAGGAAAAAAACCGGGCAGGAGCCGGUGGGGGUUGGGAAGUUUACUCCGAUUCCUUUGGUUGGGGGGAGGGGGUUGUCUUUAUUUACUUCAGUCCUUUUCACAGACUCCUUCUGAUUUCAGUUUGGUUCUGAUCAGGAGACAUCUUCGUUCUCCUGCUUUUUCCUUCUGUGGCUUGUAAGGUGCCAACCUCCUCAUAGUAUCACAGCAGCAUUUGCUAAAAUCACGAGACAGAGCUAUUAAGAAGCUUGAUGGUUAUGGAAGAGAAAUAAAAAGUUUCUCAUUCCCUCCCCACUUCCCUAGUGCACAAUUUUCUUUCUUUUAAAAAGAUUUCCUACUUUCAGAAACUGGCUCCCGCCCCCCUCCCCAUGAUGGUUUAUUCUAUAGCUUUUUAGGCUCCCACCUUCCUUUAAAAUGGGCUCUCUCAUAGGCUCCAGUCACCUACAUCAGGUUCUGAAGAAAUCCAUUGCCCCUCGUUUGUUUGUUCAUUCAUGUUAACAUUUAUAUUCCGCUCUUCCUCCAAGGAGUCCAGACUCAGAGCAGUGUACAUGGUUAUGUUUAUCCCCACAACAACCCUCUGAGGUAGGUUAGGCUGAGAGAGAAGUGACUGGCCCAGAGAUACCCGGUGAGUUUUAAGGCUGAGUGGGGAUUUUAACUCUGGUCCUAGUCCAGCACUCUAACUACUACACCAUGCUGGCCACUUUAAAUCGGUUACGAAAAGAGAUCAGAAAGUCAGCCGUGGCUUGUGGGUGGCAUUCCAAAACUAGCUUGAGGAAGGUGCUGCUUGUCUGGUUGGAGCACGAAAACUCACAAAGAGGGGCAAGGGGUUUCUUCAGAACCUGAUGUCAGUAUCUGGAGCCUGUGAAGGAGCCUGUUCUUAAGUAAGGCAGGAGCUUGUAAUCUGGAAAAGCCCAAAGGCUGCAAUCCUGAACACAUGUAUUGAACACAGUGGGAAUUAUGCCUGAGUAAACUUGCAUAGACUGGGAUUACAUUCAUCAUAUUUACCAGUACUCUAAAAUAUACUUCCUCAAAAGCCAAUAUUAUAAAAAGAUUCUCCCCAAGGCAAAUGUUUUAAAAAGAGCCAAAUCAGAAUUUCACAAGUAGAGCAAGUUGAAAAUUUAAAUAAAGAUAUUGCAAUCUGAACAAUUUUGUGAUUAUAUCAAAACAGUUUAGCGAAAGCUGGCAUUUCACUAAACAGAGAGAAAAGAUGUACCUGAAGCAUUGACUUCAAAAUCCUGAAAUGGAACAAACAAACAAAAGAACCAUCCAAUUUUAAACUGCAGUUUUAAGAAGCCAGGAAUUUUAAGGUGUGUGCAUGUAUGCCCAGGAAUGAUCAAUGUGGAUUAAAAACAACCCGUCUGGGUAUGCCAAAAUAGCUACACUACAAUGUGCUUAUCUUUCCUCCCCCGCCCCCACCAACCCACGUUCUGGAUUCCAGUUCAGUACAGAUGCUCCUUAUUGCAAUGGAACAGGAUUAUAACCUUGUUCUUUUAAUCUUUAGACUUCUAUAAUCACCCAUUGCAUUCUCAGUAGUGAUUUUCCUCAUCUCCAAAAAGCUCUUUAUAAUCCCUGCACAGGAAUUGUAGUAAAAGCAGGGAAAAUGAGAGGCCUCAACAAUAGCUCCAGACUAGAAAACAAUACCUUGAGAGUUGGGGGAGUACUUUCAUAUUUACAUCAAGUUCUUGCAUAUUUAAAAUGUUGUUACUCCUUUUGGGGAAUUCUCCUUUCAUGUUUUGGGGGAAAAACCAAGCACUCCUUAUUUCGACUAAUAGAAUUUACACUUUUAAAAAACCCAGCAGUUUCUACAGCCUUAGAAAUAUUGUGGUUAUGAAAAUGUUGACUGGUAUGAACAAAAAAAGAAAAAGAAAAGAUAUUUUUUCUCUACCACAAUUAAAGGCAAAUCAUUAUUUUCUCAGGAAACUUUAUCAAAAUUGGCCUGCCCCCUUAAUUUUUUAAAAGGAAAAAAGAAGCAUGUUUUAGUCAAAUAUUUUAGUCUAUUUCCUUUUCUCCCCACCGCACCAUAAAUAAGGCAAUCUUUGGCUGGCAUUUUCAAACUUUCAUCCAUUUGCAAAAUUUAAAAGGCUUUUUAAAUUUACCUGUGGAAUUUGACCUCUUGCUUCGAACUGGCUCUGUUCCGUGUCAUUUUAGCAGCCCAGCCAGAACUCUGAGUAGGUCCAUGUCUCACCUCUAUUCCUCAAUCCUUUUCCCUAACCCUCUGCACCCAUAUACACAAGGUACUCUAAUGGGGCAUCCCCCCCUUUUUUUGAGGGGGGCAACCAUUCAACUGUAUUUUGAAAGUGCUGCGGUCUUAAGAAGACAGAGGAGCCCAAGACACCAGGCCUAAAACUUGUGGCAUAAAUAUUGACGCCAGCUGGAAUGCCGUCAUAGACACAGAUCUUAAGGCAGGAUUCCUUUUGACCCCAUGGGCGGCAUUCGGAGGACCAGUAGAGCGGUGGGGCCGAAGCAGCAGGACCGGGGGCAAGAGCAGCUUUAAAACCACAGUUGUUGGCAGAACUGGGGAGGCAGUCCAGGUUUGGAUACUGCCACCGGCGCUUGAUGCCAGGCAUAGUGGGGUGGGAAUCCACAAAAGCAAUUCCGUUUCCCACCUUCCAUUCCUCCUCCUUCCUCCUACUACUCUAGGUAACUGGCCUCUCCCAGUUGGGAGGGGCGCUGGAUGUGGGCGAUGGCGCAUGCGGGCAUGCACAUGAACAGGAAAUAACUGUAUGUAGCUCCCCCCCCCCACAUACACACACAUUUUCUGGCCCUGUGUCUGUCCAUCCUCUCUCCUUUUUGUGAACCCAACCUUAUCGCACACACACACACCUGCCCCCCAAUUGCCCGUCUUUUCUCUGCCCCUCCAUCUACUGUCCUUCCAUUUCAUGUCAUCUCCGGGGUCUAAUUAUUGCUCAGAAGAGAAAGAAAGAAAAAAUACAAACAAUCACUCAAACGUU